AUGAGUACUCGCCAUCUGCCGGCUGGGCAGCACGUGGCGCCAGUUCCGGGCUCCGCCGGCAUGCCUCCUCCUGUCGACAUGAACUCGGCGCCCCCCGCUGCGCACCAGGGAGGUCAUCACCACCCCGUAAACGGAGGUGGCGUCGGCCACGGUCCAUCCCAUCGUGGCGGUAGGAGACAUCAGCACCAGCACCAGCACCACGCUCAUGCUCAUCACCACCCGCAUGCCCACGGCGGUCCUCCUGGUCCUCCUCUGGGCCCUCCUCACCCAUCUCAGUUCGCGCCCCAGUAUCACCAUCAGCCGAUGAACCCACCGCACAUGUACGGAUAUAUACCCUACGCGCCCCAGCAGCAGUACAACCCUUACGCCAUGCCGCCGCAGUAUCACCACCCUGGCACCGGCGCCGGCAUGAUGCCCAACCCUGCCGCCGCGCCCUACUUGCCCUACCAGUAUCCCAGAUCCCCCCCCAACAUGCACCAGCCCUACACCCCAAUGUCCGGUGUCACCGUCGCCCCCAACUUCCCGCGACACUCGCAGCCAUCGCCCGCUCUCUCCACCCCUUACCAGCCUCCUCCGCCGCUUCCGCCGCCCAUGUCCGCGCCUAUCCCUCCGCAGACGCCCUCGUCCACUCACUCCUCUCAGAUUCUGCCAUCCCACACGCCGCCCACCCCCCAGCAGGUCAACUCCUCAGCCCCUCCGCCGCCGCCGCCGCCCGCGACUACUGCUGCUAUCUCCUUGGAGCCCACCCAGACGCCAACCACUCCCGCCGCGCCGCGGGAGCCCUACCAUCCUCCGGUCCCCUGGCUCUCACACCCCGAUCAGCCCUGGCCCGCCCGCAAGCCCAGGAUCAAGCCACGCAGGAAGCCCCUCACCUCGGAGAGCGAGGCCCUCUCCCUGCCAGUCGAGCAGCACGAGGGCGCCACCGCCGUCGAGCAGACGGAACGGACCGCCCAAGCUGCUGCUGCUGCCGCCAAGACUACCCCCAUCGCUGAAGCCCCCGAGCCCGCUGCCCAGGAGACUGCGCAGGAGACUCCCAAGCAGACGGUCGCCCCAACGGUUGCCAGCGAGAAGCCCACCGUCGCCAGUAUCCCUUCUUCGACAAAGCCCGCUCAGCCUGCCUUGCCUCUGGUCCCCGUCGUCCCCAAGAACCCCAAGUCUCCCACGGUCGAGAAGAACAAGGAACAGCCGGCACAGCCCGUCGCCGCACCACCCUCCGAGUCUGCGACAGCGACAAACACCGAGGCUCCUGCUGACCAGGGUGCCCAAGUUGCCAACCCCCCGCCCAAGCCCGCUGCCCCCAGCAGCUGGGCCAAACUCUUUGCGAAGCCUGCCGGUGCGGCCAAGGUCGGGCACAACGGAACCUCUAUCGAUGGUGCCUCAGCAAACGGUGACGGAGCCGCUCCUGCUGCUGGCGGUGCGGUCAAUGGACCUGCCGCUGGCACUGCUGCCUCGUCUCUGUUCCCCAAGCCCAACGCCAACUCGACGGCCGAGGCUGUCCUUGCCUACAAGGUCAACAAUGACAAACUCUCUUUCAUCGAGCCACGUGGGCUCAUCAACACUGGUAACAUGUGCUACAUGAACUCGGUCGGCAAGAAGGCUGCCCACAGUUUCAAGAGCGACACGCCCUUGAUUGAUGCCAUGAUCAUGUUUAUGCGGGAGUUCAAGGUUCUCAAGUCGGCAACAUCUGUCGACCAACUGCGUAGGUCGCUCAAGAGCGAGGACCUCGAUAAGUUUGGCGAGCCGUUCACACCCGAGUUCGUGUACGACGCUAUCCGUCAGCUUCCCCGAUUCGCCAGCAUGAGGCGUGGUCACCAACAGGAUGCGGAAGAGUUCCUCGGCUUCCUCCUGCAGUCUCUCGACGACGAAUGCACCAGUGUGGUCAACCACUCGAUCGCCAACGAGGCUACCCGGGCCGCCGACUCCGACGCCAACGGUCAGACUGAUGCCUCCGGCGACUGGCUCGAGGUCGGCCGGAAGCAGAAGGCGGCCGUGACGCGGUCGUCGGGUGCCAACGGGUCCACUCCCAUCAACAAGGUGUUCGGCGGUCUUCUCCGGUCCGAGUUCCGCGUCCCGGGACUCAAGGACUCCAUCACGACAGAGCCCUACCAGCCGCUUCAGCUAGACAUUGGAUCCCCCGAGGUGCGCAGCGUGGUAGAUGCCCUCCGGGGCCUCACGCGUCCGGAGCGUCUGCAGGGAGACUUCAACUCUCCCCGCGGAAAGGACGUCCAGGCGACCAAGCAGGUCUUCAUCGAAUCGCUGCCGCCCGUGCUGAUCCUGCACCUGAAGCGCUUCCAGUUUGAUGCCGAGGGCCACGGGACCGUCAAGAUCUGGAAAAAGAUCGACUACCCGCUGGACCUUGAGAUCCCGCGCGAGGUGCUGUCGCGCCAGAAGCGCCAAGCGCUGAGCGACAGCAGCUCCCCCCUACCGAGGUACAAGCUCAUCAGCGUUGUCUACCACCACGGCAAGAACGCCAGCGGAGGCCACUACACGGUCGACGUACGCCGGCAGGAUGGCCAGGACUGGCUGCACCUAGAUGACACGAACCUCCGUCGCGUGCACAGCAGGGAUGUGGCCGAGUCCAGCGUCGAGGAAGACGGGCACAGCUCGGCAAGCAACGCCAAUGGCAACGGCACGUCCAGCACCUCUGCCAACCGGUUCGGCGCCAUGAACGACGACGAGGCCGGUGACGAGGACGGCUGGGAACAGGUGACGACCUCGGCUGGCGGUGCCGGCCACGGCAGCAACACCACUAGCAGCAGCAAGCGCUGGAGCAACGUCGUCAACGGAGCGGGUAACAAUAAGGGGAAGCAGAACAAAGAGGGCUUCAAGGACAGCAAGGUUGCCUACCUCCUGUUCUACCAGCGUGUCUGA